UCCUCCCACUCAAUUUCUCACAAAAUAGGCCCUCUUAGUUGCUUUUUGUGUCUACUGUAAUUUGCCCAUGGACAAUAGAAUCAGGUUCUAGUACUUUCUUGUAGUAUAAUUGGUUUACCAUUUUAAAUGUGUACAGUAAACCUGAGAGAGAAAAUGAUAUGGUUGUUAAUUCGUAUGGUUAAACUGGCAAGUUUCGGUUCUGCAUAUAUUAGUUUGUUGAUCCUGGAAUUCAAUCAUUCUUAAUCUUAGUGGACACGCUAGACUGUUGUCGUUGCCCCUGAAUGUGUUGAAAUUUUCCUCUGUGCUAUAUUGCUAUUCUUCAAGCCUCUGGUUUGUGAUCUUAAAAAUCGAGUUGUUUGAGAAAGAAGGAUAGCGUGUGUGAGAUCUGUACUGACUAUAGUCUUAUAGCCUUGACAUAAACCUCUAUAGUUCCUUCUGUCGUUGGAGUAGGAAAUAGCAACUAGAGUAAAAAAUCGGGUUAUAGAAUGUUGAGCGUGAAGGUUCGAAUAAUCCAGAACAGUCUGCAUUUUAUUCAACCAUGAGUAACUGCAUGCGGAAGAGUCUUGUCACUUUUUCUGCUUGUCAUCUUGCACAUGUUGGUUGCAAGGUGGCAUAGACUAGGCAACUCACUACAAAAUUGGGUGUGUCAUUCUUGUCACUUUUUUCCACUUAUCAUCUUGUGCAUGUUGGAUGCAAGAUCACAUAGACUAUGCAACUUAGUGCAUAUGAGGUUGCGUUGUCCUCUGAUCAAUUCGUUGUCACUAUGGAACCCAACAGGAACCAGGAUACUGACUAGCCACCUUACUGAUGUAAAAAUCUAAGGUUGUGCACUUGAGACGCAUUUUGUUUUGUUAAGUUAUGAUCAAUUCUAUUUUAUAUGGUUGGACAUUUGAGCUUAAUUCCCAAAAUCAUGUUAUACCAGGUUUGUACUGCCGAUAAUAUGUUGCCUUCUUUUGAAUAUUUAGCCAUUUGGGUUUGAGUCCCUAAAUUCUACCCUUGAAGGGUCACUUCUUCUAUCUUUCGAAAGAGAUGUACUGCUGAUAUUUUGAAGGGUUAAGUUAAUGAUAAGUGGUUGAUUUCCUUCUUGGGUUGAUGUCAUCUUCCAUGUGGUUCAUCGUCUUCUCAUUUUACUUGCUCUGGAGUUCUUCCACUGCUCCCUGUUCCCUGUGAUACAAAUGUUCAAACUGGUAGUACUCUGCCGGCAGUACUAUAGGGGUGGUGGCUUCUCCUAUGCAUUACUCCUAUUUCACAUUUAUGUUAUUCUCUUUUGCGCUCGUCCAAUGGUGUCCUAGAAAUGGAUUUGGACGUGAUCUUUUCAAUGCACUUUGCAGCUUUUCUACAGGUCAAUGUGGUGAGUGGCAAUCGGCUUGUGUCACAUUUAUGUUAUUCUCUUUUGCUCGGUCCAAUGGUGUCCUAGAAAUGGAGUUGGACGUGAUCUUUUCGCUGCAUUUUCCAGCCUUUCUCCGAGUCUAUGUGGUGAGUGGCAAUUGUACUCUAGAGGGGUUCUGUCUAAGUUUGUUUUCAUUGCUUCACUUGCAGUUGGUUCUUGUUUUGGGUUGAUCUUUCCUUUUCAAGAACAAAAGUUUGCUAUGGUUAAUGGUUCCAUGAGUGACAAUACUUUCACAUUGUGAAUUAUUGUCAUUUGAUAUAUUGUAAUGUGCCCCUGUUUAAGUUGAUUAUCCUUCUCCAAGUCGGCUCUUGACUCGCUGUUACCAACUCGAAUCAAUCUGGAAACAUAUGCACUUUCGAGGCUAUGUCAUAUUAUGGUGUUAUUCAUUGAAUUUUCCUAACUUAGUGAUGCGAUAUCGACAAGGAAGAUAUUUAAUUCCCAUGGUCCAAAAAUGAAGCUUCGAAUUCAACGAUAUAAGGAUCAAAUGGGAGCAUUCUUGAUGGAUAAAAUGAGAUCACUUGUGCCGUACAAGACGUGAGCUGCAUAGAAGUUAUUAUGCAUGAUGUAAUUAGGUGAUUAAAUUAUUGUUGCAUGGAUUUUUGGAUGGUCACGUGAAAAGAAAAGCAAUCUGUUUGCUUUAAUUAAUCUCCAAUUGAUCAAGAAAGGAAUGUGUCUGUGCAAGCUCUCGUGAAGAUGGAAGGAUUAAUUGGUGGGCAAGAUUUUCAAUUCCGCCAAAGAGAAGGUUUCCGCAAAGGACAAGAAGGAGAAGGACGUCCGCAGUAGCAAAGGGAACGGAGACGUGAAGAUGCGGUGCAAUUUCGGUUUGUUAGAGUUAUUUAGUAGGUUUAUUAUUUAUUUAACUAGUGUUAUGUUUCCUAGUUAGUUUGGGAUUUGUUUUCCUAUUCCUUUUAGGUUAGAUUUAUGAUUUUGAGACCUCUAUAAAUAGAGGAUGUAAGACCUACGAAUUUUGUACCCAACAUUCAAGUUAUCAAUUAAGAGUUUUUACUCGUGUUCCUUUGUUAACGUUUGUGCAAGCUUCUGUCGAGAGUCUCCAAGAGUUUCACGUGUCUCUUAUCAACUAGAGAACGCGUCUAGUUGUGGCGAGCUUCUACCCAAUAGUGAUUGGCCUUAUUCACGAGUGGGUGAUUGUUUGAUUGGUUUCAUAUACCAAUUGGCCUUUCACACGAGUUGGAAUCUGUUUGAUCGUGUUCCAUAUCUAUCCUUUAUUUUCAAGUUGUCAAGCAAAGUUUCGAAAAUUCUGUCAAAAGAAGGAAGGCUGCGUACUUUGGUCAUAUAAUCCGAGUUCGAGGGUUCUCUUCGGAUUUGUAUAAUAUCAAGUGAUAUCAGAGCCCGGUUCAAACUCAGCGGAGAGUUGAAGAUUACUGGUUCAAACUCAGCUGCAAAUUUGAAGAUUACCAGUUCAAACUCAGCAGCAAGAAUCAGGUGUGUCAGUCUUGUUUUAUUUGUUGAUUAUUUUUUAGAAAAAGCCAAAAAAAAGUUGUUGUGCGCUGUUUACGGAAGAAAAAAAAAGGAAGAUUAGUUUUAAUUGUUUUUAUUUGUUCACGUGACUGAAAAAAAAAAACCAAAGUAGUUUUCUUAAUUAGUUUGACGUGGGUAAGUAGAGAGAAAAAAAACAAUUUUUGCGGUAGAAUAAAGAGCAAGUAGUUGUGUUUUCUGUUUCGGUUUAAUUAUUUUGUUUUAUUUUGAAUUUCGUGUACUAUUCACGUAAUUAAAAAAAAGUAAAAAAAAAUCUUGUUACACAGCCACAAAGUUGUACGUGUGGAAAAAAAAUCUGUGUUUUGGUUUUUUUGUGGUUCUUGAUUGAGGCGCAAGAAUGGAGCAAAAUCAACGAUUCACGGAGAUGAUGAAGCAAAUGCUCAAGACGACAGAAGUUAUUCUUCAAGGAUUAAAGGGGAAUAAUGCGCCAGCAACAAUAAUCCAACCUGAAGCUCAUUUGAUGAUAGGAAGUCCAAAUCCAAAGCAAGUUCUCGAGCAAAGGGAGAAUACAUUUCAAACGAGAUGCUUAGUGGAUGGUAAGCUACUAUCGGUUGUGAUUGAUGGAGAGAGUUGCACUAAUCUGGUGAGUGAAUAUUCGGUGAAGAAAUUGGGGUUAAACAAAUUGCAAAAUCCGAAACCCUACAAUCUUCAAUGGCUUAAUCAAGAUGGAUCAAUUGAGGUCACCAAGCAAGCCAUAUUGAAGUUUGAGAUUGGAAGAUAUAAAGAUGAAGUCCUUUGUGAUGUGGUACCUAUGGAAGAGGCUCAUGUUUUGAUUGGAAAACCAUGGCAGUUUGAUCGAAAUGGACAACAAGAUGAAGUCACCAAGAAGUACAAGUGGUCACAUAGAGGUCAGAAGUUUGUAUUGAAGCCUUUAUCUCCUAAAGAAAUCUAUGAGGAUCAACUUCAAAUGCAACAGAAUUUGAAGAAGGAGAAAGAGAAAGAGUUUCAAGCCAAAGUAGAAGAGGAAGUCAAAGAAGACGUGGAAGAGAAAGAAGAGGUUCUUGUUGAUGAGCUUACUACAGUCACUUGUGAAGAGCAUUCACAAGCUUUGAUUUCAUCUCAAGAAGAACCAAAAUUUGAAGUAGAAGAGAAAGUUGAAGAAGAGGCGGAAGAAGUAAAAGGAGAUAUUCUUGUUGAUUUUCCGGAUUUGAGUGCGCCAGAAGUUUAUCAAUUCGAUGAGGAACCAGAAUUCGAUAGAGGAGAUGAAUACUUGGAAAUUAUGGAGCAUUUACCAAUUGUUCCCGCAUAUGCUCAUGUUGAUUUCGUCAUUGGGGAUACGAUUUCUGAAGAGGAAGCCCGCAUGGAUAAUCGACGAGAAGUUCUGAGCUACAUAGAGAGUUUUCCUCGUGAUGGUGUUCCUACAAUUCGUGAUCGAAUUGUCUUCAAGAAGGGGGAAAUAAUACGAUCAUCACCAAGACAAUUUCGUUGGAAGUCCAAGAAGAAUGACGAUGAUCAUGGUUCAAGAUUCUAUAAAGAUUCGAGGUCAAAUCUUCUUCAAGAGAGAGGGAAUGAUGUGAUAUCGACUAGCGCGAUAUUUAAUUCCAGGUCCAAAAUUGAAGAUUCGGAUUCGACGAUUUAAGGAUCAAUUGGGAGCGUGCUUAAUGGAUAAAUGUUGCAUUUGUGC